UGCUUUUAACCACUGACUGGACAAACAUGGAUGAUAAAUACACGUCCAAGCUGUCCCCGACUGUUGAUUUCUGGGCAGGGAUAUACCUUGUCAUAGUUGCUAUCCUGUCUGUCUUGGGGAAUGCCGCAGUCCUGGUCAGCGCAGCUCGUCGCCUCCCCCUGCUCAAAGCUCCCGAGCUGCUGACUGUGAACUUGGCCAUAACGGACAUCGGCAUGGCCCUCAGCAUGUAUCCUCUGUCCAUCGCUUCAGCUUUUAACCACGCCUGGAUUGGGGGUGACAUAUCUUGCCUCUACUACGGCCUGAUGGGCAUGAUCUUCAGCAUAACCAGCAUCAUGACUCUAGCUGUGAUGGGGAUGGUCAGGUACCUGGUAACAGGAAAUCCCCCCAAGACAGGUAUCAAGUUCCAGAGGAGAACUAUCAGCAUUGUGAUCAGUGCGAUCUGGCUGUAUGCUAGCCUGUGGGCCUUGUUUCCUCUGCUGGGCUGGGGCAGCUACGGGCCAGAGCCGUUUGGACUUGCCUGCUCCAUAGACUGGACCGGCUAUGGGGAGUCCAUAAACCACUCCACCUUCAUUAUGACUCUGUCUGUACUCUGUACAUUCCUCCCCUGUCUGGUCAUCCUCUUCACCUACUUUGGUAUUGCCUGGAAGCUGCACAGGGCAUACCAGUCGAUCAAGAGCAAUGAUUUUCAUUAUGGAAACAUGGAGAAGAAAAUCACUCUCAUGGCUGUGAUGAUCAGCUCAGGCUUCCUUGUUGCAUGGACCCCCUACGUGGCUGUCAGCUUCUGGAGCAUGUUCCACUCGCGGGAGCACGGCCACAUGACGCCAUUUGUCACCCUGUUGCCGUGCCUCUUCGCUAAGAGCUCCACCGUGUACAACCCCUUCAUAUACUUCAUCUUCCAGCGUACCUCCCAGCACAAGCUGCUGCGCCUCCAGAGACUGAUGUUUUGUUGUUCUCAUCAGGCCAGUUCAACUGGUGAAGGAGGGAAGCUGGAGGGCAAAAUGCUCAGAGGCUCCGACUGCGCCGUUUUUAGAACUGGGACUGAUGAAACCUGUGUGGGUCUAAUGGGAGCUCCGAGCAGUCAGUCUGGGCAUGAGAUGAUGACGUUGGGCUAA